AUGCUGGUACAAGCCGCCGUGCUGCUGUGCGCACUGGCACAGCAGUCCCAAGGCGCGACGUUUGCGAUCCCAUCGACAGUUCGCAAUAGCGGGCUACCAUAUGCAAAGUUGAACAGUGCACCCAUAGGCUUUUCCUUCGAGUUCUUUGCCUUCCCAUCGUACUUCACCAACGUGACCGCAACCACGCAGUGCCUCUCCAACUGGAAGGACCUGACAGGCGUUUGGCCGCCGAUCCGCGUGGGCGGCACGACGCAGGACCGCGCCACCUUUGACCCCAACUCCCAGGCCUACGUGACCUACUCUGUCGCUAACCCGGCCGACGCACCCAAGAACCUGACGUUUGGGCCGGCGCUCGUGGACCUGGCGGCCAAGUACGGCGGCAGCGUGGUGAUGGGGCUGAACCGGGGCCGCAACGACCUGCAAAACACCAUCGCGGCGGCCAAGACGGUGGCGGAGCGGAUGGGCGGCGACCGGGGGAACCUGCAGGCCAUCGAGCUCGGCAACGAGCCAGAGUACUACCCCAGGGACCCGCAGCCGAUCGCGCAGGGCGGGUGGGACGAGAAAAUCGACGCCCAGAGCCAGGACCAGUGGGCGGGCGCGGUCGGCAGCGCCAUCGGCAGGAAGGACAUCAUCCAAGCCGGCAACUCCAACGAUGCGCCCCCAAAGUGGGGCGCCGCCACGCUCUUCGCGACCGGGAACAAGACGGCCCAGCAGUACAUGCAGCGCUACGCACACCACAACUAUCCGGGCGGCAGCGUGGCCGACCUGAUGAACCACACGCGCACGGUCCGUAACAUCCGCGGCUUCGAGGCCGAUGUUGCAGCCGCCCAUGCUAUCGAAAAGCAGUACGUGUUUGGGGAGACGAACUCGGUUUCCGGCGGUGGAGCAGCUGGCGUUUCACCAACAUUCGGUGCCGCCUUGUGGACCAUGGACUACUCGCUGCGAGCGCUGUCUUCCAACAUAUCCAACGUCUAUUUCCACCAGGGCACUGUGGGCAACUGCCAAUAUUGCCAGUUUGGGAGAUACACCAUGGGUGCUCCUUAUUACGGUGCAACCGCCGCCACGGCGUUCCUGAGCACAGGCGAUAGCAUCGCCGCACUGGACGAUGGCGAAUCGGCUUUUGCGGCCUAUGCCAGCUUUGACAAAAACGGCAAGCCGCUGCGCGUGCUCCUGUACAACUCCAACUAUUACACCACCGGGGACCGCCCGUCAGAGGACUUCACGCUGACGGGGCUGGCGGAUGGCACCAUCCGCGCCAAGAGGCUGACGGCGGCUAGCGCCAUGAUCAGAGCCGACCAGAGCUCUCAGCUCUCCUUUGGAGGGCAGACCUGGGCAAACGUGACCUGCGUUGCCCAGGGCGAGGAGACUUUUGAGUCGGCCAACGUCUCGGGCGGCCAGGUGACGUUGAAAGUGGGUGCCACCGAGGCGCUCGUCGUGUACCUGAGCUGA